ACUUGACCAUGGUGGGGAGAGGAGGGGGGGGAGAGAGAGAGGGUGAUGAUGGGGGUGUCUCUAUAACUCAUCACCGGGGGAUUCCUCAUCAUAAACUCACACCGGUGGAGGCUACAGAUUCAGACCGCCGUCAUGUUCACCGGGACGCGGACUGAGAACCGCGGGGACUCGGGGGUCCUGGAUGCGGCGGCGCUGAGGCAGCAGAGGAGGCUGAAGCAGGCGAUCCAGUUCCUCCACAGGGACUCGGCGGACCUGCUGCCCCUGGAUGGACUGAAGAAGCUCGGGACAUCCAAACAGGGGCAGCCGCAUCAUAUUCUCCAGAAGCGCCUGCUGGAGGCCAAGCGGUCCCAGGGGAGGAUGAACGUGUGUGGAGUGACGCCAAACAAUGGAGCGGUCCUUCUAAACUGCACUCAAUUCAACUCGGACGAGGAAGAGGAGGAGGAAGAUUUCAUCUACGUGCCCUGCGAGUGUUUAGGACAGCAAGUGAAUGUGCUGAUUGACACCGGCUGCAAACUGAACCUCAUGUCCUCCCUGACUGUGGAGAGAUCCGGUUUGAAAGAUCUGGUCGAGGAGAACAAGAUGGAGACGGAUGGUUUUCCAUUUCAGAGGAAGCUCUGCGUCGACGGACUCAUCCGAGAACUCAGCGUGAGCAUCGGGCCUCUCAGGAUAAUGUGCUCCUUCGCCAUCGUAGAAAGCAACAGACCGCUGAUGUCUCUGGGCAACAAGACAUUAAAGUCACUCAAGUGUGUAAUUGACACUGAAAAGCAGAUGUUGGUGUUUGGAACGACCGUCAGGGAGCAACUUCAGUUUGCCAAAAAGCCGUUUGAUGAAAGAGACCUGUGACAACAACAACAACAACAACGACAACGACAACGACUCACAGUCCCUAACAGCAAUACAAGUAUUUACUCCUACAACCCGACGCCUCGUUGGAGAACCUCGGCUUUUUCCCCUCAUGAAUUCUCACGUUCUCUCCGUCCCAUAAUGCACUAGUUUGUACAUAAAGGUGUAAACAGCCGCUCCACAAACAGCCUCUCAUGUAGCAACCAAUCGCAUCCCUGUAUCCGACGUGAUCGUGUUUUAGCUGUCGCCACAUUAUAGGACGUCUUAUGCAGUUAGAAAACCAGUAAUUAGAAGAUAUUUUAGUGCUGUAGACUUAAAGAUUCUGAUAGAAUUGUGAUUUAUAAUAUAUUGUAUCUUAGAAAUAAGUAUCGUUCCGCCAGACGUCGAGCAGUAUUCUCGGAGAACGAGAGUCGGGAGGAUUUGUAUUUCCUGUGACGUGUAACUGAUGAACUUCCACAAUGUAUUGCAUACAACUGUUUAUCUACUGUAUUUUAUAAUGUUGUAAAUGUAUUUUAUAGUCAAAACAACAACCUGUAUUUGCAUCGAGGCCACUGCCUUUUUAACGUUUACAAAAAUGACACUUGUAAUAUGUUUUAUCACUGGCACGGAGUAUCCAAUAAAAAAAAAAAUCCCAAAUGA